CUUCCUUUUUAUUUUUUUAUGGAAGAGCAACGCUAGUGCUUUCUUUACUCUGCUUUAUCAUUUUGUCUUUAUUUUCCCCCAUCCCCUUUUUGUUUUGUUUGGUUUCUUCUCUGUUUUUUAGGAUUUUAUCCUACCGAUACAUUGUUUGUGAUCGUCAGCUUGAGUUUUUGUAUCUUGUCUCUUCCAAUUCUAUUGCAGCUUUUUCAUCCUUGAGCGUUUGUUACCUGUGGGAAGUGUACUCUGUUUAGAAGAUUCUCUGCUUUACUCUGAUUUUCUCUGUUUAAUUGCUUUCUCUUUUCCUUUUGGUCGGAGCUUUGCUCUCUGUUUUUGAGGGUUUAGCAGCAUUACUUUUGUAUUUUCUACUCGAGUGGAGAAUAAUUCCUGCUGGGGGAAUUUCCCCAGAUAGUUCGCUUUUGAUGAAUUCGAUCAAAAGUUUUUCCAGUUUCAUACCAUGAGGUUCAGACAAAGAAUUCUUGCGUUCGUUCUUCGUUUUCGAUCAUCUUGUUGAUUACCCAGCUAGUUUCAGAGGCUUUCUCAAAUGGGUUCUCUGCAACUUUUCCUUAUUGUCAGUCUUUCAUGGAUUUUAUUCCUUCCCAAUACCCAUCAGCUACAAACUUCUCAGAUUCAAAUCCUGUUACAGAUUAGGAAGCAUUUGGAGUACCCUUCUUCCUUGGAAGUUAUGGACGCUUUCGAUGGCGACCUCUGUAAUGUUUCCCCAUCUCGAGAUAUGACUAUUGCGUGCCAGGACAAUGUAGUGACUGAACUCAGAAUUAUGGGGGAUAAGCUUGUCAAAUUUAGAGGGUUUAAUGGGUUUCCAAUUCCGAAUCAAACUCUAUCUGAGAGAUUUUCCAUGGAUUCCUUCGUUACCACAUUGUCCAGGUUAAGUAGCUUGCGGGUUCUCAGCUUAAUUUCUUUGGGGAUUUGGGGGCCACUUCCUGAUAAGAUUCAUCGUCUCUCCUCGCUUGAGUUCUUGGAUUUGAGCUCUAAUUUCAUAUAUGGUCAAAUCCCUUCUAGGAUUUCCACCAUGGUUCAACUCUAUUCAUUGGUUCUUGAUGGCAAUUUCUUCAACGAAACAGUCCCUGAUUGGCUUGAUUCUCUAACAAACCUUACCUUUUUGAGCUUGAAAAGCAAUCGACUAAUGGGUCAAUUUCCCUCUUCGUUAUGCAAAAUUAGAACAUUAGCUGAUGUUUCUCUGUCCCACAAUGAAAUUUCUGGGGAAUUGCCCGACUUGAGUGCUUUAACCAAUUUGCAUGUACUGGAUAUGAGAGAGAAUAAGCUAAACUCUGUGCUUCCUGUGAUGUCAAAAGGAUUAGUUACACUUCUACUUAGCAAGAAUGCUUUAUCCGGUGAAAUUCCUAAGCACUUUAGUCAAAUGGAUCAGCUUCAACAUCUUGAUUUAUCAUCCAAUCAACUAACAGGGUCGCCACCCCCUUUCCUGUUCAAUUUGCCAAACAUUACAUAUCUGAAUUUAGCUUCAAAUAUGAUGAGUGGAUCUCUUCAAAAUCCUCUAAGUUGCAGUACAAAACUUGGGUAUGUUGAUAUUUCCAAGAACAAGUUGACUGGAACACUUCCCACUUGCUUGAGUAGUUCUUCAGACAAGAGAAUGGUUAGAUUUGGUGGGAAUUGUUUUGCUGCUGACUUGCAACACCAGCAUGAAGCAUCAUUUUGUGCAGAAGCCCUUGAAGGAUCAGGCAAGUCUCGAAGAAAACAAAACCUGUUGAUUGUUGCCUUCAUCUGUGGAGCUAUAAUUGUUAUUGUGCUUUUAGCCUUGGGACUUAUUUAUUUGUACCGAAGGCUCUUCAAAAGAACAGUACAAGAACAGCCAGUACCGCCAAAAGUUAUACAAGAAAACUCACCUGCUGCAGCUCCAUCUGCGCUACUUGCAAAUGCCAGGUUUAUUUCUCAAGCUAUGAAGCUAGGUGCUCAGACUGUUCCAGUAUGUCGAUCAUUUUCCUUUCAAGAACUAAGGGAAGCUACAAAGGACUUCGAUAAGUCAAUGCUCUUGGGAGAAGGUUCUAUAGGAAAGCUCUACAGAGGAAAAUUGGAGAAUGGAACCCUUGUUGCUAUAAGGUGUUUAGCUUUAUCAAAGAAAUUUUCAGUACAGAACCUUAAAGUUCGGCUGGAUGUGCUUUCGAAGCUUCACCACCCCCAUUUAGUUGGCCUUUUUGGUCACUGUAUAGAAGGAGACGGACAUGACAACUCAAGUAUCAACCAAGUUCUUCUUGUAUACGAAUACGUGUCGAAUGGGAAUUACCGUACCCUUUUAUCAGAAACUUUUCCAGACAAGGUACUGAAGUGGUCAGAUAGGUUGACAAUUCUAAUUGGAAUUGCCAAGGCCAUUCACUAUCUACACACAGGGGUUAUUCCUGGUUCAUUCCAUAAUCGAUUGAAAACAAACAAUAUAUUGCUUGAUGAACAUCAAAUUCCAAAACUUAGCGACUAUGGCACGUUGAUGAUCACUGACGAAACUGGAAAACACGAGACAAAGGGAGAGGGCUCAAAACCAAGGAAAAAGUUGGUGGAGGAUGAUGUUUACAAUUUUGGGUAUAUAUUGCUUGAGUCACUUGUUGGGCCUAUUGUAACUGGAAGAGAAGAAGCAUUUCUUCUGAAUGACAUGGCAUCCUUUGGCAGCACGGAUGGGCGGAGACGAAUUGUGGAUCCAGUUGUAUUGACCACAAGCUCCCAAGAGUCGUUAUCAAGAGUUAUAUCUAUCACAAAGAAGUGCAUAUCUACCGACAUAUCAUCGUCUCGACCCUCGUUUGAGGAUGUGCUGUGGAACUUGCAGUAUGCUGCUCAAGUGCAUGCCUCGCUUGAUGCUGAGCAAAAGUCUGAUUCCACGUCUUAGUUGUACACACGCACGAGAAAAGUAGAUAGGCAAAGACUCUGAGCUGCCAUCUCUUUCAUUACAUGUUCAUAACUGAUGUAAACUUGUAAAUGUCUAGAGCGAAAACUACAGUGCACUAGAGUUCAUAUUUAGAGUUGACCAUUUGUUGAAGACAAAUAGUGGAGUGUUGCAGUGAUGAUUGUGAUGAGUGAAGUUUAGUUAAAACAAUAAAUUUUAGAUA